UCACUCGGUGCUGAUGUGACGGUGAAUGUGUUGUUGGAUGACGAUGGUGAGAGCCGAGUUUGACCCUUAAGAUGUUGAGUGGAUCCUCCUUACGCCUAUACAUACAGGAGAGGUUGAUCAUCUUCUCUGGCACUAUGACAAGAAGGGGAGGUUCUCAGUUCGUACCACAUAUUGGCUUGCCACACACACGGAACGCACAAUGGCCUCGAGUCGGUGUCUCAAGAUGCCUGGGGCUUUAUCUGGCAGACAAAGGCUGCUCCUAAAAUUCUUCUCUUCACAUGGAAAUGCUACCAUACUGCCCUCACACUCAGUGUAAUCUUAGAUGUCGACGAGUGGCAGUGGGUGGAGUGUGUUCGGUCCGUGGAGGAUGGCCUGGAACACGUUCUAGUGGAGUGCACAUUUGCAAGGUUAGUAUGGACAUUAAUUGUCUGGGCUUCCUUGGAAUUGUGUUCUACGUAACGGCCUGGAAGUGAAAGAGUGGUUGCAUCAGGUACAUAGGAACCUGUUGCGAUCGGAUUUUGCUAUCUUUCUCACUGUGGGUUGGUUGCUUUCGUCCAACCAUAAUAGAUGCCUCUUUGAGUGUGGGGGAACGGAUGCAUUGUCCCUUGUUUUUCAAGCUUUUCGGUUUAGUGGUGUGCAGUCUCCAGAGUAAAGGCUGUGUUUUGCUUUUGUUUCGUUGGCCGAUUUUCAUGUGUAAGAACCUUUUGCCUUUGGCUGAGUUGGUUAUAAAACCUUCCGGUUUUCUCUCAAAGUGGAUCGGGGCCCAAGUGUUUUUGUCGUCACUAUGGGUCCAAGUAUUCGAAUUCAAAUGCAGAGAAAAGGUCAUUCCCCGUAUAACGAAGCCCACCAGCCACCCCUCAACCGCCAACGCGUUUAAAGUCCUCUAAUUUUGUUCAUUUACAAUAUUUCAAUUCACUAUCUCAUCCUCUACGAUCUUUAGCUCCCUCCAUUCUUCGAUAUACAAAAGCUUUUUUCCAAAAUAAAUUGAGAUCAAACAGCGGACGGUGAACCUUUUGAAUAUAUAUUUGUUCGCACUGCAUUCUGUUGUUUCACUGUCAAGUUACGAAUCUGAGCUACAAAUGGAGAAUCUGAUAUCAUUGGUCAACAGGCUGCAGAGAGCGUGCACCGCUCUUGGCGAUCACGGAGAGGAGAGCGCAUUGCCCACUCUAUGGGAUGCGCUGCCUUCAAUUGCCGUCGUAGGUGGUCAGAGUUCUGGAAAGUCCUCAGUGCUGGAGAGUGUUGUCGGAAAGGACUUUUUGCCUCGUGGAUCUGGUAUUGUCACUCGACGUCCACUUGUUCUGCAGCUUCAUCGGAUUGAAGAAGGUAGAGAAUACGCGGAAUUUGGACAUCUUCCUAGAAAGAAAUUCACAGAUUUUGCUGCUGUGAGAAAGGAGAUCUCUGAUGAGACCGAUAGAGAGACAGGACGCUCUAAACAAAUAUCUACUGUUCCAAUUUAUCUUAGCAUUUACUCCCCCAAUGUUGUGAAUCUGACAUUGAUUGAUCUUCCUGGCCUUACGAAAGUUGCUGUUGACGGUCAGUCAGAUUCCAUUGUGGCGGACAUUGAGAACAUGGUGCGGUCUUAUAUUGAAAAGCCCAACUGUAUUAUUUUAGCAGUUUCUCCCGCCAACCAAGAUCUUGCAACAUCCGAUGCUAUUAAGAUAUCUCGUGAAGUAGAUCCCAAAGGAGAAAGAACAUUUGGUGUUCUAACAAAGAUUGAUCUUAUGGACCAGGGCACAGACGCUGUAGAUAUCCUGGAAGGCAGAGCAUAUAAGCUGCAAUUCCCAUGGAUAGGUGUUGUUAAUCGCUCUCAAGCUGACAUUAACAAAAAUGUUGACAUGAUCGCUGCUAGGCGUAGAGAACGGGAGUAUUUUGCUCAAACCCCAGAGUACAAACAUCUUGCUCAAAGGAUGGGUUCUGAACAUCUAGGAAAAGUUAUGUCCAAACAUUUGGAAACCGUCAUCAAAUCUCGAAUUCCAGGCCUUCAAUCACUUAUCAACAAAACUAUUAUUGAUCUGGAAUCUGAGUUGAGUCGUUUGGGAAAGCCCAUUGCAACUGAUGCCGGAGGAAAAUUGUACAUGAUUAUGGAGAUCUGCCGCAUAUUUGAUGGAAUAUUCAAAGAGCAUCUUGAUGGAGUUCGACCUGGUGGUGAUAAAAUUUACGGUGUCUUUGAUAACCAGUUGCCUGCUGCAUUGAAGCGCUUGCAGUUUGACAAGCAUCUUGCAAUGGAAAAUGUUCGAAAAUUAAUUACCGAGGCUGAUGGAUAUCAGCCUCAUCUUAUAGCACCUGAACAGGGUUACCGCCGUCUCAUUGAAACUGCCUUGAUUACCAUCAAAGGUCCUGCUGAGGCAGCUGUUGAUGCGGUUCAUGGAAUUCUGAAGGAACUAGUUCAUAAGUCGAUUAAAGAGACUGUGGAGCUGAAACAGUAUCCUUCUCUCAGGGUGGAGCUCGGGAAUGCUGCUGUUGAAUCAUUAGAUAGGAUGAAGGAAGAAAGCAAAAGGGCAACUCUACAGCUAGUAGAAAUGGAAUGUAGUUACCUAACAGUAGAUUUCUUCAGGAAGCUUCCUCAGGAUGUUGAGAAGGGUGGCAAUCCAACGCAUUCAAUUUUUGAUCGAUAUAAUGAUUCCUAUCUUCGACGAAUUGGAUCAACUGUCUUGAAUUAUGUCAAUAUGGUUUGUGCAAAUCUAAGAAACUCUAUUCCAAAGUCUGUUGUUUAUUGUCAAGUCCGUGAGGCAAAGCGAAGCUUGCUCGAUCAGUUCUUUGCCGAAUUAGGCAAAAGAGAGGGGAAACAUUUGGGAAAACUGCUAGACGAGGAUCCAGCAGUCAUGCAACGUCGUGCUUCUCUUGCAAAAAGACUAGAAUUGUACAGAUCUGCUCAAGCAGAAAUUGAUUCUGUAGCCUGGGCUAAAUAGAGAACUGAUUAAUCACUCCCCUCUUUAUAAUAGUUCUUUUUUAUUUGAGAGAGUUCUAAUACUUCUCUCCAACAAUUAUUUAUAAGUGAGUGAUAGCUCCAAUUCUUUUGUGUGACAUUAUUCUUUGUGAAGGUUAGGCUAUUAGCUAAGCUUAUGUGCCAACCUCUCUAUGUUCAACAUUCACAUUUGCCUACAUGCACUAAAAUUUUCAGGCGUCUUUUGGCUAGAAACCAUAAUAUAGUAGAUUUGAGGAUUAUGAAGCAAGUUUA